AUGAACCCCGUCAAGUCGGCCUGGCUGAAGUGCGGCAUGGAGCACCCCGUCGCGUUCCACGCCUUCGUCUACGCGGCUUCGUAUCACAUUCUCUGCGCGUACAACGGCCAAGAAAUCAACGAUUCAGCACCCUUGUUGCGCCUGUCGCACAAGGUCGAGACGAUCAAGUUGGUGAACGAGCAAUUGCAAGCGCUCAGCCUCUCUUCCUCUGCCAAAGGGAAGGGAGGACGAGACCGCAGCAGCAUCGCAUCAUCGGGAGAAACCGGAAACGGGAACGAGGACGGGAACGGGAACGCAGCACCUUCGACUGCAAGCAGUGUACCCACCGAUGCGCUGAUUAUGGCCGUGACGAUUAUGAGUAUUCAUCACACUAGGGACGAUGUAGUGUAUCCGAAAGUCCACCCCAUAUCUCCCAUGGCCAAAGUUAACAACCUCCACGUCUACGGCGCCAUGGUCAAUGAUGAAAAGCACAUCCAGGGGAUCUUGCUUUUGAUCGGUCGGAAAGGAGGGCUUGAGGGGGUUGAGUUGUACGGAAUGGCCGAUACACUACAAUUGUGUGAUGUCUAUUUUGCUUCAAAAUACGCAUGCAGACCGAACUUCCCGUGGCGCAACCCCGUCAAGUCGCUCGUCUCUACAGGAAGACAUGUGCUCGACCCCGUGGCAAUCGACUUGGAUUCCAAACUCGGCGCAGGUUUUCGAUACCUCCGUCAAAGCCCUGCCGGCCGGCAAUUGCUCGAUGUCUUGGACGCCUUCUCCGAGGUCACCGUGGCGUUAGAUCACCAUGUGCGCGGCGGCCCCACCGCCCCCGAGGUCGAAGAGCUCUCGGAAGUCCGCAACUGCACACAGCAUAGACUCCUCUCUCAGAUGCCAUGUCCAUUGGAUCUGUCGCGUCCGGAACUGUGUGUCCAUCACGCCGUGCGUUUGGCCACCUUGGUUUUUAGUGAGAUGGUUAUCUUCCCCCUCCCUCCCCAGCAAAGGGUGAAACCAAGGCUUGCUCUGAUGCUACGUCAGACCUUGGAAGCUUGCGACCUUCUCGGGUGUUGGGAUUUGCACAGCCAGGUUUUACUGUGGUCGCUCACGCUGGGGGCAAUCGCAUCAAACUUCACACCCCAACGACCCUGGUAUAUUGAGCAACUGCUACAGCAGAUUUUACUUUUGCAGAUUCAAGACUGGACCAUCCUUGAAAUGAUUUGCUCCAGGUUCUUGUGGUGGAAGCCAGUUUGCAGUGAGCCUCUUCGAUGGCUAUGGGAUGAGAUGUUCCCACCAAGCACAAUAGAUGCCACUUGA